AUGGCUUCGGAUAUGUCAAUCAACGACACCCCGCUGGAGAGGCGGGGUCAGCUGCGCAUUUUCCUCAUCAUGAUCGCCCUCUCUUUGUCCAUGUUCGUCGCAGCUCUAGAUCAGACAAUUAUGGCCACGGCGAUCCCUACUAUCGCGGCUAAGUUGCACUCUGCGGCGGGUUACACAUGGAUUGGAGGUGCUUAUCUACUUGCUAAUGCGGCUGGCGCGUGUAUCUGGGCGAAGCUUUCGGAUAUUUGGGGUCGCAAGCUAAUUCUGCUUAUUGCGGUUGCGUGGUUCUUUGUUAGCUCCAUCAUUUGUGCGGUGGCAGUCAAUAUGCAGAUGUUGAUUGCUGGACGAGCGCUGCAGGGUAUUGGUGGUGGUGGUAUUCUGCAGCUUGUCACCAUUGUUAUCUCUGAUUUGUUCAGUGUCAGACAUCGGAGCUUGUAUCUUGGCUUGAUGGAAUUCAUGUGGGCUCUCGCCGGUGGUACAGGUCCGCUGCUUGGUGGUGCAUUCUCCCAGUAUGUCUCUUGGAGAUGGACCUACUGGAUUAAUUUGCCAGUGUCAGGCAUUGCCUUCCUUCUUCUCUUCUUCCUUCUGGAUGUGCACAAUCCAAAAACGAAGGUUAUGGACGGUAUCCGGGCUAUCGACUGGUUCGGCAGUCUGUCCGUCCUGGGCUUGACUUUGAUGCUGCUUCUCGGACUCGAUUUUGGUGGAGAGACAUUCGCGUGGAGCUCACCGACUGUCAUCUGCCUGAUUAUCUUCGGGUCGCUCUGCUCUCUGCUGUUCAUUUAUAGCGAGAAGCGACUUGCGAAGUACCCGCUGAUGCCGAUGAAUAUCUUCGCCAGUCUUUCCAACAUUGCCGCUCUUGCUGUGGCCUUUGCUCAUGGCUUUGUUUUUAUUGCAGGGGAAUAUUAUAUCCCGCUCUACCUCCAAUCCGUCAAAGAAGCUUCACCCUUGCGAUCGGGAGUCUUGAUCCUCCCCCUCUCCAUCGCAGAGGCAGUCUCCGGCAUCGCCACCGGAGCAAUUAUUCACAAGACAGGCCGCUACCUGGAACUCAUUUGGAUAGGCAUGGCCCUCAUGGUCAUCGGAAAUGGUUUAUAUAUCCACCUGGAUGCAUCCUCUUCUGUUGGUGAAAUCGUUGGCUACCAACUCAUCAGCGGUGUUGGUGCCGGAUUUCUCUUCCAGACACCCAUCAUCGCACUUCAGGCUAUGGUGUCCCAGGAGGAUACCGCAGCAGCAACCGCUACUCUCGGCUUCAUCCGAAAUAUCGCUAUCGCCUCAUCAAUUGUCAUUGGCGGCGUAGUUUUCCAGAACAGCAUGGGCAAGAUGGAACCCAGUCUGUUGGCUACGGGCAUGUCUGAAAGCCUGGCAGAGAAACUGACGGGAGACUCUGCGGCUGCGAACAUUGAGUACAUCAAAGAUAUCAAGAAUCCGGUGCAGCUGCUUGCUGUUAAGCAUGCCUUUGCGUGGAGCAUGCGGAAUAUGUGGAUUCUGAAUACUUGCAUGGCGGCGGUGGGCCUUAUCUGUUCUGGCUUCAUUUUGAAGACGCGAUUGAACAAAGAGCAUGUUGAGACUGUUACUGGGUUGAAGAGUGAGAAGGCGCCUCUUGGUGAGGAUUUGGAGCUACAUGCUGUGCAAAAUCUCCCUGCCACUGUAUAG